GAGACAGGAAGUAACAUCUUCAAUUCAUAGGCACUUUGAAACAACGCAAGGACUGCAAUGCCAAGACCUUAUCUUCACAUUUUUAUAUUGGCCAGUGCUCUCACUUCUGCAGCUGGUGAAUAUAGUAUCAGGCUGGUGAAUGGUAAUAAUGACUGCUCUGGGAGAGUUGAGAUCCUUUAUAAUGGCCAGUGGGGAACAGUGUGUGAUGAUGACUGGGACAUAAAUGAUGCUGCUGUGGUGUGCAGACAGUUGGGAUGUGGAGGAGCUGUUAGUGCAACCUCCAGCGCCAGUUUUGGACAGGGAAGUGGUCAGAUCUGGUUGGAUGAUGUGGGAUGUUCAGGAAGUGAAUCAUCCCUCACACAGUGCUCACACAAUCCUAUUGGAACACAUAACUGUGAUCACAGUGAAGAUGCAGGUGUCGUCUGCUCACAGGACAAGCUACCAGACAUACGAUUGGUCAGUGGGUCUGAUUCAUGCUGUGGAAGAGUGGAGAUCCUUCAUAAUGGCCAGUGGGGAACCGUGUGUGAUGAUGACUGGGACAUGAAUGAUGCUGCUGUGGUGUGCAGACAGUUACAGUGUGGAUCAGCCAUCAGUGCACCUCAAAGUGCUGCCUUUGGUCAAGGCAGUGGAUCGAUCUGGCUGGAUGAUGUUGGAUGCUCGGGAGGUGAAGGAAAACUCACACAAUGUUCACACAGAGGACUAGGAAAACAUGACUGUAAUCAUGGUGAAGAUGCUGGUGUUGUUUGUUCAGCAGGUGACCUGCAGAAGCCCUCUCUUUCCCUGAUCUCCACACAUGCAGCUGUUUCUCCUGGAGAAAACAUUCAGUUCAGAUGCACAACACCUAAUCCAAGAUGCAAUGCUGAUGCUGAAUUCCACCUCUUCAUAAAUGGAUCAUCUAUAUUAUCCUCCCAGAAACAUGUAUCUAGUGUGACUUUCAACCUUGUUAAUGUAAGCGUUUCACAUCAGGGCAGCUACAGCUGUAAUUACUCCUACAAAAACAGCAUUAUAAAGUCACCUUGGAGUGACACUGUUAUCAUCACUGUGGUGCACUUGCAGCAGCCCAGCAUUCCCCGCAUUGCUCCUGAUGGACAGUUUGAUGUUGGGCCUCAGAGGCCAAUGAUCCCGUGGGGUCACAGUUUCACUAUCAUCUGUUCCACUGAAUCUCAGUAUCCUGGAGGCUCCUUCUACCUGUUUAGAGAAGCAAAUAUCACCAGGAAUCAGUCAGCUGUCGAUCUCUCUGCCUCCUUCUCCUUUCCUGAGGCAGAUUUUUCACAUGAGGGAAACUACAGCUGUGUUUAUGAAGUCAUUUUGUCCUCACGCACCUUCCGUUCAUCUGCCUCUGAACUGCUGGUCAUCACUAUCACAGUGCACUUGCAGCAGCCCAGCAUUCCCCGCAUUGCUCCUGAUGGACAGUUUGAUGUUGGGCCUCAGAGGCCAAUGAUCCCGUGGGGUCACAGUUUCACUAUCAUCUGUUCCACUGUAUCUCAGUAUCCUGGAGGCUCCUUCUACCUGUUUAGAGAAGCAAAUAUCACCAGGAAUCAGUCAGCUGUCGAUCUCUCUGCCUCCUUCUCCUUUCCUGAGGCAGAUUUUUCACAUGAGGGAAACUACAGCUGUGUUUAUGAAGUCAUUUUGUCCUCACGCUCCUUCCGUUCAUCUGCCUCUGAACUGCUGGUCAUCACUAUCACAGUGCAAUUGCAGCAGCCCAGCAUUCCCCGCAUUGCUCCUGAUGGACAGUUUGAUGUUGGGCCUCAGAGGCCAGUGAUCACCAGGGGUCACAGUUUCACUAUCAUCUGUUCCACUGUAUCUCAGUAUACUGGAGGCUCCUUCUAUCUGUUUAGAGAAGCAAAUAUCACCAAGAGUCAGUCAGCUGUCAAUCUCUCUGCCUCCUUCUCAUUUCCCGAGGCAGAUUAUUCACACGAGGGAAACUACAGCUGUGUUUAUGAAGUCAUUUUAUCCUCACGCACCUUCCGUUCAUCUGCCUCUGAACUGCUGGUCAUCACUAUCACAGCCUCCCUGCUUCCUGUCAUUGGUGCUGUGGUGUCAGCUGUGCUGCUCUUAUUGUCUGUCCUCAUAAUCAUCCUCCUGGUCAAGAGAAGACAAAAACAAAGAAAUGAGAAAACUCAAUUGAAGUGCUCUUUUAAAAAACGAGGUUCAGCUAAUACGUAUGCAGGUGGAUCACAAGAUAACAAAAAUGAAGAUGAUGAGGCUGAUUAUGAAAAUGUACAACUUGAUGAAAACAUGGAUCAUGAUGAUUCUGAACAGGACUAUAUUAAUAUAGACUCUGAUCAUUCUGAACCGGAUUAUAUCAAGGUGGACACGAAUGACUCUGAAGAGGACUAUGUCAAUGUGGACACGGAUGACUCUGAAGAGGACUAUGUCAAUGUGAAUGUUACAGAGAAUAAAAGUGUGGUGGACAAAUCUGAUGAUAACAUUUAUGAAAGCUGUUGUGAUGAUUAGUGAGUGAACCCAAAAUACUAUAAUUAAUGAGGCUCCAAACUGAUGGUUUUAAUGAAAAAAGACCUUUAGAGUGUGAUGAACAGAGAGACAACAGAUGACUACAAUCUUGCAAAGCUUUUGUGCUAAAUAUGAGUGAUGAUAAUACAGUGCAUUCAUUCUUCAGUGCAUCACAGACUGCUGCACAUGUUCCAACUGAUAUAUUUUGUUUAAUGUAUCCAGCGAUGCAAGUGAUAUCCCAGGGAUAUAAGACUGUCUCUUGAUCACAUCUAGUAACAGGUGAAAGAGAGCUUAACAGAACAUAUUUUUUGUUCUGUUUUUCUCACUGUAUUUUUUAUUAAUAAGGAUUGUUUUUAAAUAAAAAAAUAUUAGCAAAAAUUCUUUUACACUUCUUAUUUUGUAAAAUAAGAAGAUAUAAGGAGAUACAGUAUUUUGGGUAUAGACAAACAAUUUAAUGGCAUAUAUGAGUCAAACAUUGGAAAAUGACGGAGUGCUGUUUAAUACUAUAAGUAGUAGGAAUAUUAAGUGCUCUUUGAGUCUUUUUCAACCUGUGCUCAAAACCCCCUAGUGGGUCAUAGAGGUACUGCAGGGGAACUGUAAAAAUGAUUUAAAAUGUUUUGUCCAGGCUAAAAGUUUAAUGUUGAAAUAUAAAGAUUAUAAUAUACUGCUAAAGAAAGUGAAUAAAACUGCUUUAAAAAAAAAAA